AUGGCUUCCCCGGAACCACCUCGACCGAUGCCAGAGAUUGAUGAUAGUAUCCGCGACAACUUCUGGAAGAGAGUCUUUGCUGGUGGCUGGGCCACCGACAAGCCCAAUGUUUUGGAGCCUAGGUCGAAUAUGCAGGGAGAAUUUCCUCGCCGCAUGAUCAAGCACGCCAUCGUUGGCGAGUUAUCAGAUACCAUAGAGUAUGACGAAACAAAGUCCACGUAUCAGAGCACUGCUAUUCUCGUGGCAGCCAAACCGGAUAUCCAGAACGACUUGGUAGACUUUGCAUACUCUUACCAAAGCGGCUCAGUCUUCUCGGACUGUGAGAAGAGGCCCAUUUUCAAGGAAGACAGCAUGAACCAGCCCUCCCGAGUUCUAAAAGAUAAAGCCGAAGCCAUACGCGCUUGGGACGAAGCUCAGAUGGAAUGGCUUGGUGAAUAG